UAAUCCUCAUAACAAAUAUAAAUAAUUUUAAUAACUUAUCACCUUCUCUUAAAGUACAAAUGAUCUCUUAUGCUAUCUCUUAUUUAAAAUAAAUCCCUAAAGUGUCAUCAUUGCAGUCCCGAGGGUUAUCAGAGAUAACAUAUCUAUCUUAAUCUUGAUUAGGUAAACCAACUUUAUAUUUUUUUUCCCUUUUACUUUUUACAGUCGUGAUCCUUAGUUCCUUCAAAUAAUGUCAUAGAACUUCAUUUUUAGUUUUUAGUUUUUUCUUUUUCACAGAAUUAUUCAAAACUUUAGUAAGACUCUUUUGUAAAUCCAGUAUAGGAAAAUUAUCCAGGUCCCUCUCUUGGAUUAUUUUUUUUGUAUAUCUCAUUUAAUUAUUAGGACAACAGUCAGUUUCUUUUAUAUAUCCAGGGUGACAUCUUUUUGUGAGCCAUUCUUGUAGAAAUCCACUUUUAACUGAGUCUUACUUUUUAAAGUAGAAUUUGCUUUUUUUUUCAUAAAAAGUUUAGGCACAAACUAUCCAUAAAACAGACACUUCUAAAAUUUAACUUCUGAUUUCAUUGUUCAAAAAUAUCCGUUACCAUAUCCAAAUGUUAAAUUAUUUUGCUUCAUCUUAUAAUGGUAAACUGAGUGUUCUUUUCCUUUAAUUGUCCAUUUUAAAAAAUCUUAAUAUGUUUCAAACCAGAAGUGUUUUCUCAUGGAAAGGAAUGGGAAUGUUGUUUAUUCCCCCUCCACCUCCGUGUUGUGUUUGUUGCCUGUGUAUGCAGCUUUUAAAGGAAAUUCAGUGUUUAAAAUCUGUCAAUCCAAUGGUGACUAAUAAAGCAGUGAAAAAGCCAUUUCUGAAAGUGAUUAAGAAAAGGGGGUACGUGAACUCUACCAACCCACAACUUCACCAGAAUGGCCAUUUCCUUGUCUCCCAGAAAUCUCAACCCACUGCCGACUGCUGCCUCGCAGUCUCCUCCUGAGGAGCAGCGGUCUGGGGCACUUGUGAGUGAUCUCAAGCCUUCUGCUUAUCCAGAGAGGAAUUAGAGAGAACUGGUCUACUUGUCUGCACUACAUCCUGCUGCAGUUGCCAGCCCUGCUACUCAUGGAGACAUCUUCACUCGGCCAUUUCUUCUCCAGAAAUCCGUUUCUGCCUGUUUCCUGUUCCCUUCUAUCCAGUUUUUGACUUCUUCUCCCAUGCCUCAUCAUUUUUGGCUCUAAGGGAGAUCAGAACCUGGCCUCACAGCCACUUUGCUUGCUCCCUCCUCCCGCUUUUUUUCUUAAUGAGAUGACUGACCAGCAGAAGCUGACUAGCAAACAUAUUCCUGGCUCAAAGUCUGUAACUGAAGUGUAAUUGAAGGGAUGUCUGGAAGCAAAUUCUUUUCCCAGUGGCCAUGGCUCUCAGGAGCCCUGAUUUCUCAUUUCUUUUCUUCACAUAAUGUUCUUAAACUUCAGUUCUUUAACAGCACUCAAGCAGUAGCUGCACAAAUGGGGAUAAUCAGUAGAUGGCAGCCAACAGAUACAAAAACUCUUUCCUCUGUUGGUUGUUAAGUCAAACAGUCAAAUAAAUGACUUACAGCUUGAAUAAUUUUUUUAAAAGUUUACUGUGACAGCAAAACAACAUCAAGCCAAUUGUUCACUGGAUAACCAGAACAUUGUGCAGACCAACUGGAGAAGGUUUAGCACAGUGAAUACGGUUGAUGCAGCUUGAAUUUCAGCCAAUUUCAGUGCUUUAGAAUGCUGUGUGCGUGUUUGUGUAUGUGUGUUACAGGUAGAGCAGGGCAGAGAUAGGGUUAGGGUAAUUCCAUAAUUUUAUCCAGUGAUGAGAUUCAAAUAUGUGAACAACUGGUUCUCUGUGUGGAUGCUGCUUCUGGAAGUCCAUUCUGGGCCUGGGCAACAAAAAAUUAGCUACCGGCUCUGCCGAACUGGCUGGAUCCCACCACUGAUUUUACCUCCUGCACACUCCAGCCCCACUACAAGGGCCACAUUUAAGAUAGCAGGUGAUGGUUUGUAUGAGAGCAAACAGCUGUAUGGAUCCACUCAGAGUCUUUUCAGUGGUGUAGCCUCCCUCUGGGUCUGUGCCCUUGAGACCCUUAUUCAAGGAGUUUUCCCAGCCUUUUAAAAACUGCAUUUUGACUUAGAUCAGUUUUCAUUUUACUCUAUUGGAACAGACUGCUAUACUAUUACCUUCUUUCAGUCACCACUAAUUUUUAUUUUAUCAUAGUCAUUCUUUACUUGCAAAUUUAUUAACACCCCUCACCCUUUUGUAUGAUACCCUGUGAAUAUAUCUUUAUGCAAGAAGAAUGCAGUAAUUUUUUUGGGAAAUUUACAGCUUACUUACAUAGAUUCUUUAGGAGCCAGAAAUGGUGAACUCUCUUCAGACCUUCAAGUACAGAACUAAAGAGCGUAAUCUCUCCUCUCUCUUACAUCAGCCUUUUUCUAUACCCUCAUUCACCAUCUGUAAAAUUUCUUGCCUUCUCCACAUCCAUUUGGGCAAAGGGGGACUUUGGACUUUUUACCUGACUUGUGGGUACAAGUCCAGCUUCUAAUCCAGCCUUCAUGGACCUUCAAUAAAUUGGAAUUGCAACUUCAAGGAUGUUACAGCUAGGCUGAGUUGCUUGAAUACAAAUAUUAGUUGACUACAUUUAUACAAGGAGGAAAAAGAAUGUUUCUCUUCACUUCGACCAUGAAGAGUAGUUUUGUAACUGAGCUUGCGUUGUUUGUUAACACGUUUUCAACAUAAACUUUUAGAGAAAAAAUGGCAAAAAAAAAAAAAUCCAGAACAUCAAUUUAAACCCUGUAUUACAGUAAGUAAGAACGCACAGUCUAAUAAACAUGGACGACUACUUCUUGGUAUAAAGAAAACCAACUAUUUUCACUUAGCAUGCUGAAACCAAAGUAUAGGCCAAAAUUUCAGGUCGUGACUUGGGCCCCUUGAACGGCUAUUUGUAGUUGCAACUUUCUCUGCACCGUUUCUGAAGAGGCACCAUGGAAGUUGAGCCAAACCACGUCAGCCCCAUCGUUUAGGCUCAGCUAGGCCCGCUCCCCUUGAAGCUAACGGUGCCUACGCUGGGCAGCCCCGGGGCCUUCCGCCCGCCCAGACUCCUGGCCAGGGGCCUUGCUGGCUUCUCUUGGGCAGAAACUCCAAGCCAGACCGUUGAGAAAAGGGCUCCCCGGCGCGGCACGAGUGCGGCACCCGGGGCCCCGCAGCCGAUGCCUCGCCCUCUUUCCCAGAAACUUCACGGGCGGCCUCGGUCUCCAAAGAGCCGGGAAGGCUGCCUGAGAACCGGAGGGGGGGAAGGCCCGCUCCCGCGGCUGGCUGAGGCAGAGCGAUGCCGGGGACUCCCCGAGCGGCCGCAGCGGGAUGGCGAAGCUUCCUCCCGGGGCGGACUUCGCGACCGCUUCGAGGCAGGGCUGCCCGGGCGGGGGCGGUGGUCCACGGGCUCCGCUUCCCCCGGACCAGCCUCACAUCGGGCUCUGGCCCCGCCGAUCAGCGUUGCGGCCUGCCUGCCUUUUGCGGCGCCCGCGCUUCAGCAGGACCUGCCUUCGGCACGUGGAGCUGGGCGUGCGUAUGCAGAGUAGCGCGCUGGGCCGCCGGAGAACCGCUACAUAAAGCCCGAGCCUUCGUGGCGGUGCCAGCGUCCCAGGCAAGGCCGGCAGCCUUCUUGCCGGGCCCGCUCGCCUCCCUCGUGUAGGGCGCUGCCUGCCGCGGAAGCAACCGCGUCCGAAGAGGGAAGCGGCGCCAAGCGGAGCAAGGCGCGCGGGAGAAGAAGGAGUAGCGCGUCUCCUCCCAGUCAGCGGCCGAAGAGGGCCUGCCCGCCUGGCUUCUCCGCUUCGCCCACUUGUUGCUGGUCUCUGCUCGGCCCAGCUGAUUGGGCUGCCCGGCCCCCGCUCGACUCCGCUCCUCCCCGGCCGGCCGGAGCGCGACCUCUCGCUCCCGGCGCCAGGAGGGGGCAAAAGGGGCGGGUCGCCUCAGCCGCCUCCAAAGCUGCCGGUUCGCGCGCCUGAGUCGCUUCACUUCGCUUUAGUCCGGGUGAGGGAAGCCGGGAAGACGCGAGGUGCUCGCCCUCUUCGUGCGCCCGCCCGCCCUCAGUCGCGCUCAACUUUCGCCUCGCUCAGUCGGAGCCGCCGCGGAGCCGGCCUGCCUGCUCGUUUUUUCCGCCGAGAAAGUUAAUAAUUGCAACAGGCGCGGCGGAGGCAGCGUGGCACCCGCCGCCUCUCCCCCUUGGCAGCCGCUGCCCUCCUAGGCCGAGCUCUCGGGCGCUUCAGCAGGCCAGCCCCGACUUCCGGAUCAGUGUCCCAAAAGCGGCAAGCCGCGUCUCCCGGCGCGCCACCUGCUCAGACCUGCCCUCCUCCCGGGCACUCCGACGGCUCUUUGCCCUGAAAGGGAUGAUCGCCCGCUUCGGCCGCCGCCGCCUCUUCUGAUAAAGGUGCCAGUCGUCGCGGCAUCCCCGCUCCGCCGAGGACUCCUUCCCGAGGUCGAGGUCGCCCUUGCCAGUGAGGGAGCCGCGAAAGUUCAUCCCGCGCACUCGCCACCAACGGGGCAUGGAAGUUCACGUCGGGCUGGGCAGGGUGUAUGCCCGGCCGCCGGGUAAAACUUUCCGCGGAGCUUUCCAGAGCCUUUUCCAGAGCGUCCGUGAGGCUUUCCAGAGUCCCGGCCCCGGCGGAGCUCGAGAGGAGGUCGGGCCCAGCAGCCAAGCGGCGGGCUCUCCUUCCGUAGGCCCGCCGGGCGCCGGUCUGCAAGAGCCCAGCCCGCGACAGCAGCAGCGGCAGCCCGGCUCCCCUGCUUACCUGCCGGGGGAUGAGGCUGCCGCAGGCAGCAAAGGGCUUCAGCCGGCCGAUCGCGAGCCCCAACCGGCCGGCGCCGCCGCCGCCUCGGCAUCCCCUUCGUCCCUGGCAUUGCUGGCUCCCUCGUUCCAGAGCUGCUCCGGGGACCUGAAAGACAUCUUGACCGAGAGCAGCCUCUUGCCCGCGGCAGCGGCAGCGGAAGGGGAGCCGCGCGGCGACGGGGCCGCAGGCGGCGGCGGAGCCAGCGCGGCCAAGGAAGACUACUUGGGCGAGAGCGCCAAGGAGCUCUGCAAAGCCGUCUCUGCCUCCAUGGGCCUGGCGGUGGAAGCGCUGGAAGGGCCCGGCGGCGGCGGCGGCGGCGAAGCGGCAUCGAGCCGCGGUGACUGCAUGUUCGCGCUGCCGGGCGCGCAAGCUCGGUCCGUGGCCCUGGGGGGUUGCAAAAUCGUCGAAGCCGAGCAGGAAGGCGGCGAGGGCGCGCUGGCCAUGGACGUACCGGGCCACCUGAACCUGUUCAAGAACUCGCCCGAGUUGGACGAGCCGCCGGCGGGCGCCUUCCAGAGCCGCGACUAUUACAACUUCCAGCUGGCGCUAGCCUCGCACGGCCGCAUCAAGCUGGAGAGCCCGCUGGAGUACGCGGCGGGUGGCAUCUGGGGCGCGCAGUACCGGCGCGCCGGGGAAUUGCCCGCCUUAGCGCCCCACUACGGCGCCCCUCCGGGCGCGGGCUGGCACCCCUUCUUCGCGGAGGACGCGCAAGUCUACGGCCCCUGCGCCUCGGCCGAGGGCGCCGCCCCGACUACCUUCGGCUACGGCCGGGGCCAAGGGCCGACCGGCCAGGAAGGAGCCGACCUGCCUUCCGAGGUGUGGUAUCCCGGAGGCGUGAUGGGCAGGAUGCCCUUCGCUCCGGCGCCCGGCUGCAUCAAGACGGAGCUCGGGCCUUGGAUGGAGGGCUACGCGGGCGCCUACGGAGACGUGAGGCUGGAGACUGGAAGGGACCAUGUUCUGCCUAUUGACUAUUAUUUCCCACCCCAGAAGACAUGCUUGAUAUGUGGGGACGAAGCUUCCGGAUGCCACUAUGGAGCUUUGACCUGUGGAAGCUGUAAAGUCUUUUUCAAAAGGGCAGCUGAAGGUAAACAAAAGUAUCUCUGUGCCAGCCGAAAUGACUGCACCAUUGAUAAAUUCCGAAGGAAAAACUGUCCCUCCUGCCGGCUGAGGAAAUGCUACGAAGCAGGGAUGACCCUUGGAGCCCGCAAGUUAAAGAAACUGGGUAACCUGAAGAUGCAAGAAGAAGGGGAAACAGCAGGGCCAUCGAGCCCCACUGAGGAGCAAGCCACAAAAAUGCCCAUCACGCACAUCGAUAGCCUGGAAUGCCAGCCUAUCUUCCUCAAUGUCCUGGAAGCCAUUGAGCCUGGCGUGGUUUGUGCAGGGCAUGACAAUAAUCAGCCUGACUCCUUUGGCUCCCUUCUCACCAGUUUGAAUGAGCUUGGAGAGAGGCACCUGGUACAUGUGGUGAAAUGGGCAAAAGCCUUGCCAGGGUUCCGUAACCUGCAUGUAGAUGACCAGAUGGCCAUCAUUCAGUACUCCUGGAUGGGCUUGAUGAUUUUUGCCAUGGGAUGGAGGUCCUUCACCAAUGUGAAUUCCCGGAUGCUUUAUUUUGCUCCAGAUUUGGUCUUCAAUGAGUACCGAAUGCACAAAUCCAGAAUGUAUAGCCAAUGUGUCAGGAUGCGGCAUCUCUCCCAAGAAUUUGGAUGGCUUCAGAUUACUCCUCAAGAAUUUCUCUGUAUGAAGGCUCUGCUCCUCUUCAGUAUUAUUCCAGUGGAUGGCCUGAAGAAUCAGAAGUUCUUUGAUGAACUCCGGAUGAACUAUAUCAAGGAGCUUGACCGCAUCAUUGCCUGCAAAAGGAAGAACCCCACAUCUUGUUCACGCCGCUUCUAUCAGCUCACAAAGCUCCUGGACUCUGUGCAGCCCAUUGCCAGAGAACUGCAUCAGUUUACAUUUGACCUCUUGGUGAAGUCACACAUGGUGAGCGUUGACUACCCUGAAAUGAUGGCUGAGAUCAUCUCGGUGCAGGUCCCCAAGAUCCUUUCUGGAAAAGUGAAACCCAUCUACUUCCACGCCCAGUGAUGGCAAGCAGCAGAUGGCCUCCUUUCCUCGCGUCUCUCGACUCCUGCACUGCAGUGCCUUGGCACACUGUGUGUCCUCAAAGAUGCACAGUAACCACAAAGAACUCUUUGCUGUGCCCUCUUUCAGGUUUCUCUUCUCUGCUUUUCCCUGCCUUCCCAUAGAGAGAUCUGUCUGGACAUUUGCCAGCUUCAGUGGCUCAUUGUGUGUGUGAACUUUGUCUUCCGGUUUUGUGUCAUAGUGCCUGGCAGCACUGUUUACACUUUUGUGCUUGUGCAUUCCCCACUGUGGCUUUGGUGGCCCUCUGCAACCAAGGGAAGUGUCGGUUCAAAAACAUACAUAGCUGCUUUUCUGGUGGUUCUUCUUGCUGCUGUUUAUUUUCUAACCAAUGGCAAGCAGGUCAUUAAUGCUGAGAUAAGGGAAGACUUUCGAGCUGGGGGGGGGGGUGUAUUUUGGGUUUGUUUUAGCAGUCCUUGCAACUUCUUUUUCACCUGGGCUACUCAUCUCUUUGAGAAAAGGUCUGAAGUAUACCUGGAAAUAAUGAGAGAUGUAAACCCCAAAGCAGACAAAGAGAAUGUAGUUGAUACAGAUGAUCUGUGGGCAUCUGCUAGACUUUAGUUUCAGACAGAGCUUUAUUUGCACAUACAAUCAGGCUUAAGACACCCAUCAUUGGUCCAACUAUGUACACAGAGCAUAGAAUAACAGGAUUGGAAGGGACCUUGGAGGUCUUCUAGUCCAACCUUCUGCUCAAGCAGAAAACCACAGACAGCCAUUGUGUUCCCAGCACUCAGACCUUCAGCUUCAUCUUCUCUCCUGAACAGACACAAGGAGCUGGGUGUUGCUGUUGCAGUGGCUAUUGCAGAAGGCCCCUUUGAAGACGCUGCAGCUGCAGUUCCCUAACACUGAGAGCCCAGUUCAUGCAGUGGUACUGGCGGCCACAAGAAUGGGCAGGAGGAAUAAGAAGGGCUGGAAGUUUACCCAAUGCCCAGAAGUGAUGGGGCUGUUUUGCAGCUAGUACUACUUCAUCUUUCUUCUUCUGUGGACCAUGAGCCAGAAGUAAAAACAUUUGCCCAGUGAAUGUGAACACAUUCCAGUCGUGAGCUUUUUUAUCUUUUCAUGAACUAACAUACACACACACUCUCUCUCGCACGCACACACACAUUAUUCUUUUAACUUUCUAGAGACUUUCUUGGCUCAAUUGCUUUUUGCUGUAUGGCAGGGAACAGUCUCAGAAAUCAUAAAAUCCAUGAACCUUCCUGGGAACACCCAUCAGCAUUGUCCUAGCCCAUCCCAGGACAUUUCUUUUGAAACUUAACAUGAGCUUCUAAUGUAUUAAACCACACUACAAGGAAAAAAUGGUGGAGCCUCUUUUCCUUUCUGCAAUUUCUGUUGAACAAUAGGAGAAACGGCCUUAUCAAAGCAGAUAAGGAAACCAUCCUCUCAAAAUUAUACCUCAUUUUUAAUGGAAAAUAAAGUCCCUUUUUCUAAUCCAGCUGUACUGUGAUAUCACUUACCAUGAAAUCCCAUGAGCUGGAAUCCAAAGAUUCAAAGAAGCCAUCUAGGUGAAUUUUUUGUUUUGUUUUUCAGAAAAAAAAAAUACACCUGGGCAUUUUUGCUGAAAAGAACAUUUAAAACGUGUCCUUAGAUACCCUAAGUGAAUGUGUGAAAAGUCUGUGGUUGUAAUGAGAACAUUAUCUUGAUUUAUUUUCCUAUUAGGCAUCAUUUUUUAGCACAAGGUGAUGCUACUGAAAAUAACAGAAUUAGGAUCAAACGUUUGGAAAACUGCCUGGCCCUCAUCAGGCCCUGCCCAGUUCUUCAUCUUCUGUGAUUUCAAGAUGUCUUGCUCUGAUUUUAAAGCUGGCCCACCUUGGGUCAUUUUGAUCUGACGCUUAAGUUCAUUAAUUACCUGGCCAUUUUUGUGUCUUUGAUGGAUCCUGCACACUCCAGGCUUCAGCUAACGGAAAAACAAGGUUACAUUUGUAGCAACGCAGAGUUAAAAUGACCAAUGUUCGGUUUCAUCUCUGCAGAAACAAGAACUAUAAAACAGCAAUACAUUGAAUUAGCUGAUGCUUUGGAGUGAUGCUGUCCAUUGCAUUGCUAAAGUAAAUUUAUUUUUGACCUGCAUUAUAAUUUUUGGAUUGUUAACAAUAAUUAGAAAUACCAUUGAGAUACGCUUCGGUUUCUGUAUAGAGGUUCCUCUCUCCUUCUCUCAUUCCUUAGAGCAACAGUGACAAUGCUAUGGAUGUUUGGGCUUUCCUGAACCUUGUUCAUGCUAUCUCAAGAGAUUUUUUUUAAAAAAUACAAUGAAGCUCUUUUUUAAGACAAGAAUCUACAUUUUGGGUGCUUGGUCUGAAAACCUCCUCCUCCCACAUACAGCAAACCAGAUGAAUUGCACUCUUAACCAUCUUUCCCUGUAGACUUAAUCUAAGUUCAUUAUUCAUUUUAGAAAUAUUGCCUCAGGCGCCCUUAUAAAUGAGUGAAGACAAGGCCAUCAAAAGUUGGGCAGAAAUGCUAAAAGCACUUCUGUAUUUGACGAACCCAAAUGGUUCAGAUCAGAUUCAACUUCCCUCCACUGCAUUGUACUUGUGAUGUGCCUUCCACAGAGCUAGCUGUGGGGAGCUGUGUCCGUGGCUUUCCAUUGUGCAUGCAUGCUGUGCUUGGUUUCAGGGAACUUUCCUCCAUACUCAAAUCUUCUGAAAAUCUUGAAAUUCAAGGGCAACAUGCAUCCUUCAUGCUCAGCUGUUGCAAAAUGGCAAAGAGUUCCUCCUCUGCCAUCUUCAAAAUCCACAUGCAACCAAAGUGCCACCUGGUAGACCUUUGCAAUCUAGCAUGGUUGCUUCCUGUUUUUGAUACCACAGCGAACUUGCUAGUUCUUCAGGUGCCCCAGGAUUACUCAGUUAUGGUUGCUGUAACCUGUCAUGAUUUCUCAUCUGUCUCUUCGGCAUCAAGCAAUCUUCCGAUGCGCAUCGGGUCCAGGAGAAGCUUGGUCUUCUGACCAUUUCUGGAAGAUCCUUUCAAUCCUUUUUAAUGAAUGUCAUGUAAAUAUUGGAGAAUGGAUGAGUGGUGGCCAGGAGUUAAAUAUUUACUUUCUUCGGUUUAUUUUCAGUGGACUACUGCUGCGGCAGUACAAGGGAAAAGGGGGAAAAAGCAUUUACAUAGUCCUCAGUCCAUAUUUUUAGUACUAUGCAUCUUAUGCAUCAAAAUUAUCACGCAUUUUUAAAAGUGUACUUAGGCUUGAGGACGUUCUAUUCUGCCGUAUGAAAAUUGCCUUUUAUGAUACGAGAAGUCAUUUGCCAGACCUCAAUCACUCUGAAAAUGCACAGGACUAUAAAAGGACUGACAAGCAAGGGGCCGCUGGAUGGACGAUGGCCUUUCCGCACCGGCUGCUGCCGCCUGCUCCUUUGCCCCGAUGAGCUCCCCCUGGGGCGCGCUUGGCCUUGAACCUUUGGCAGCUGGGAAAAAAGAAGACGGCCGUGGAUUGAAGGAAAGGUGCGCUCCCGUUGCACAAAGAAGGGACCUGAGCAUUUGACCCUAGACAACAUCACGAUUCUGAUGACAACGGCUGUGCAUCACAGAUUUGGGAUUUAUUGCAUUUUAUUUUUCAUGUGGGAUGUAUGUGCUUAAGAAUCUUAGAUUUUCUGUAGUUAAAGAUGCCUAUAUCUGUGUUUUUCUGUUUUCUUCUGGAACACUUUUUUUCCAAUCCUGUCCCUUAAUUUUACUGGAACUCUGAAUUCUCUUUUGUCUGAAGCACCACGUAAAAGCUUGAGCUGCUUCUGUGUUCACUUGUUGCAGUUUUGACAGAAAGAAUGUGUUUGUAGUAUUAGUACCAAAGAAUGUUAUUUAAAGUGGGGGAAGAGAUUUCUGACGUAGUUGGACAUGUCACCCCCUUGCUCUGGGAGCCCACGGGCCUUCCUCUGCAUCCUGCCCUGCUGUUGGGACGGAGGGCCGGUGGGGCUAACCAAGGAAGGCAUUUGAAAAGCAAUGAAAUCCGAUUGUACAGAUGUAUUUCCUGGCCUGCUGAGUGGAGCAGCCAGCCGGGUUUUCUCCAGAGGGGAGGGAAUUUCUCUUGUGGGGAAGAGCCCGUUGGUUGCAUGAUUUGCACUGGGGGGGGGGCAUGCACUAAUUCUGCUCCCAUUUGAUCGCACUAAAGCAGGGGAGUCAAACUGAGGGCACACGGGCUAGUUGCAUCAUACGGAGGCUGCGCCAACCCCAGCUCUGGCAAUGCAAAAAAAGUCACGAUACGACGUCAUGUGACGUGGAGUGAUUCACACCCAUGCGCUAAAGGCUGUUGAUGCACACAGCUCCUCGGCAGGUGGAGGCAAACCGUUUUUACCAGAGAGGGCGUUUUUACAGCACAACCUCAAUCUGAGCUGUACACAAGGAUUGGGAGGCUAAAGGUUGUGUAGCAUUUCUGUUUCCCUCACUGUGCAGCAUAGGUGGAGGGAGAAGGGUCCGGCUGUGCCCGGGGGAGGGCAGGGGCUUUGUCUCCCUUGCUGGAAAGGAGCCCCUCUUGGGGUGUUUACCAGGGAGGGAUGCAAGGGAGAACCAAGCGCCCAUCUUUCUGUGUAAUGUGGCUUUCAUUUCUAGCGGGAGCAGACGGCUUCUCCCUCAGCUUUUGCAUUGACAGUGUGGAGGGGCUCAGAGCAGAGGGGCUGAAGGCAUCAGACGUCCGUCCUUGUUUAGAGAGCCUGGUAGGGUGGGGUGGGGCAAUAGGCUUUGUUUUUUUAGCUUAGCUGAAGCCAGAAAUAAUUCUGUAAAAAUUGUGGCACUUUUUUAAAAAGUUACAUUUGUUAAUCUGCUUGUGUAUAUUUUUAAUUAAAUCUUUGCAUACAUAGAUUAUUCUUAGAUGAGAUCACCCAAAUGGCUGUGCACUAGAGCAGGGUUUUUCAACCUUUUCACCCAUUGUACCACUUUUAGGAUAUGGCAACAUCCGAGGACCACCAGUGCCUAGCAAGGGGUCAAAAACUUGAUGACCAAAAAAAAAAAAA